AUGGACUUCUGCCGUGACUGGGAAGGCUUUGCCGGAACCUUGCGGUACAACCAGCACGUUCUCGCAGCGGCCGUAAAAUACGGCUGCGCCUACGUUUGCUCCGAGCGGCCGAGCUGGAAAACUGCCUCGCACAACACGGGCGCGGUGGACGACUGGUUUGGCUGCUUGAAAGGCGGCGUAGCUGUCGGAGAUCUGGCCGUCUCACCCAAAGCGGUGAAAGCGCUUCCCGUGAGGGUGGCAAGGUUUCAAAUCAACGACGCCUUCCGAACCAGAAAGAAGCGCACGGCGGGUAUCGAUGAGCCGAUGCUCACCGGUGCCGCCAUCUCGCUUCGCCCGGAGCCCAACGAGAACGCCGUGUAUUCUCUGAAGUGUCCCAGAGACAGUCGCUUAGUGACGUUCGAGGCCACUUACCCCUGGCUGCGCACGCAAUUUGCGGCCGGCCGAGCCGCUGGCAAGCGCAGCACCCCGCUUUGGGGCGAGGCCACGCCCGCGUUCCGCGAGUCUAGACUUUGGGUUAUGGGCUUUCGGGCACUUGAGGAUUUAGGGGUUUAG